GUGCAGGGUUUGACCCGGCGCCUAGAAUUUUCGUCAGGAGUUUGGGGUUUGUCGUCACUGGCAAUGCAGGAGGGGAGGUUGUGAAGGUGGAACGUGCCCUGGGCCGGCCGGCGUCCAGCCGCGUGUACGGGAUGAGUGCGGGCAUCGCGAGCUGUCAGCGUUUGGCGAGCCUUCCUCUGCACUGCAGAUGUCUGCACACCACAGUGGGGUUCCUAAAGAAGAAAACUGCAACAGAGAACUGGUGGCUGGAGCGGCAUUUGAAGGAUCCCUUUGUCAAAGCAACGAAACAGCAGAACUACCGUUGCCGGAGCGCCUUCAAGUUACUGGAGAUCGAUGACAAGUUCCGUAUUCUCCGACCAGGACUUUCUGUUCUGGACUGUGGGGCAGCACCAGGUGCUUGGAGUCAGGUUGCUGUAGAGAGGGUUAAUGCCUUAGGUACUGAUCCUGCUGCCCCCACUGGCUUCGUCCUUGGAGUUGACCUCCUGAGGAUUUCCCCACUGGAAGGAGCUGUCUUCCUGCCAGAGGCGGACAUUACAGACCCAAGCACGCUCGGGGCAAUCCAGAGCCUGCUUCCUGCGGGGAAGGUGGAUGUUAUCUUGAGUGACAUGGCACCUAAUGCAACAGGCAUUAAAGACCUGGACCAUCAGAAGUUGAUCAGUUUAUGUUUAGGCCUUGUGAAUCUGGCGCAAAGUAUUUUAAAGCCAAAAGGUACGGUGCUGUGUAAGUUCUGGGAUGGACACGAGUCCCGUGUUCUUCAAAACAGGCUGAAGGAGCAGUUCCAGGAGGUGAGAACUUUAAAGCCUCAGGCCAGCCGGAAGGACUCUUCUGAAUCUUAUUUCUUGGCAAGACUGUACAAAGGGAAAUGAAAGCUGAGAAAUGCAGAUUAUCAAACAGGUGAUCAGACACUGAUUGGAAAUCUGAAUUUGGCAUGUGUUGAAAGAAAAAUACCAGCAUUAAGACCCCCAACUUGAGUUGUUACAUUGCUGAGAACAACCUAGGAAAAUCUGCCGCAAUUCUCAGGAAGUACAUCAUGCUUUUCAAAUAGAGAAAGAAAACCAGGGAGGUGCCCCACUGAGCUUAUUCUCUAAUUACACAUGCAGAGACGUCCAAUCUUGCUUCUCACCUGCGGAGAAAAGGGUUGGCAACGGAGAGGAACAAUCUGAAAGGCAACCACUGGGGCUGGAACAAUGGAAAUGAAAAUAAAACAGUUCUUAAUGUG